GAUCCUGACCGGGCACCUCACCCCGACACAACCUCAGUUUUCGCAAGGACACUUCCUGUGGAUUCUGCCAUCAUAUUUUCCGAAUUUUCGGCCGUCGAACCCCUCUUACCUACGAUUGCACUUUCCGGGCCCUCACAAGCUACCCUCCAUCGUUGCGGGAGGCUCCAGCGAUUGGUACUCGACCCUACGACACGGUAUUAACCUACGAUAAGCUUUAACGGAGCUGAAGCGAUGGUCGAUCGGCGAACCGACCGAUGAGCUCCAUGACCGAAAGGGGUGGUGAUGAUGCAGCCCGCGACGAUGUGAUAGACCUACAUGAUGAGGAAGAGCAGCAGACGCUGGCUGUCAAUGGCCGGGAGCAUGCACAGACGUCUCCAAUUGAAGACCAAGACGCGUUCGACGAAUUUGUCACACCCGACGAUCCGAUAUCGAUAGCGGUUACGAAGGAGGAAGACGAUGGCGCUGCGUCACAGCAAAAUGGAAACGUCGCUGGUUCACCUGGGAUUUCCAUCCGGGGCGCCGGGAGCAUCGACGACGCGGGCUCCGUCCCAGACGACACCCCAUCAAUCCAAGGUUCCAUCCAAUCCUCUCCGAGUAGCGCGCUGGGUUAUCGUCCGCCCUCCAGCUUGGGACGUAGCCCUCACCGUCCGUUUGACCUCCGGUUUCAAACACGUCUUUCCGUUUCGUUUCCUGGUUCCUCUCGGUCGAUAUCACCUUCACUUCUUCAACAACACUCGCGCCAGUCUUCCUUUGCCAGCCACAUCCGGACGGAUACGCCUGACCUGUUGGAAGAAGCGUCACAGACUCCGUGGGAGGUUGUGCGAUGGACCAAGCUCAGAAAGCUGUCAGGUCAAGUCCUCUCCGAGACAGGAAAACGGAAUUUUGGACGUCCAACCUGCAUGGCGGUUUCUACGCACAUAGUUUUGGGGACGACGAAAGGAAUCAUACUGGUGUUCGACUAUCAGCAGAAUCUAAAGACGAUAAUCGGACCUGGAACAAAAGCAAUUGCGUCUGGAUCGAUCACUUCCUUGGCCAUUUCAGCAGACCACAGCACCGUCGCUGGAGGACAUGCCGAUGGCACCAUUUUCACCUGGGAAAUCUCGAGACCCGCUCGCCCAUUUCUACAUAUCCCUCCUAUCAGCGCAGCGGAGAAGGAUUUCAAACGAACCGAUGGCCACAUAUCCGGUGUCGCUGUCGUUCAUAUGGGCUUCUUAGGAACCCGUCGCACCGCCUUGGUCUCGGCUGAUGAUCACGGAAUGGCGUUCUCGCAUCUGGCAACCCGGGGGAUGGGAGCAGUCGCCCGUACAGUCAGGACCACAAGAAUACUGGGCCGGUACCCUGAGAGUGCUGUGCCCACUGGCCGUGUAAGGAAGCCUAGCACUGUGCUUGCAUUUUCCCCUCUUCCCUUAGGGAACGUCGAGCAGGCCACGGACUCUUUAGGCCUUGUGGCAAUGCUCACCCCUUAUCUUCUCGUGAUUGUUUCUACAACGCCAGUUGCCCAAACCCAACAUAAGUCGGCGCGCCCCAGGGAAGUCCCUGCUCACAGUGCCAUGACGGCUGCGCUGGCUUGGUUCCCUGCAAUAAAGUUGAAAGCAAAGGAUUCAGGAGUUUCUAAUACCAAGCUGGUAUACUGCUGGUCCAAUGUUCUGACGAUCCUAGAGGUUUUCGAGAUGAAAUCCACAGAUCCCGCGGAUAGAGAUAAGCCUCCCAGCUUUGCGUUUAAGCCGUUCGCUCGGUGGAGGGCUGCUGAACCAAUCGUUGCAGUACAAUGGGUAAGCCGCUCGGUUUUGGCAGUCCUGACAAUAACGCAACAACUCCUCAUCUUGGAAGACAAGUCACUGCGUGUGACGGAUUCUUUUGACUUAUUACACAAGCAUAUUUAUCAUGCGGACCUUUUCUCUAGACAGCUUCAGAGCCUCGUAGAGCAAUUGGACGAGGAGGAUCAAUCGAUGCAUGGAGUAACAGCAGACGCUUUUUAUAUGAGCUUCAGGGCUUAUAAAGGACGACUCUUCCUUUUAGGAUUUAAUGAUGUUUCUGUUGGCACGUUGUCCAACUGGGCCGACAGACUUCUGGCCCUGAUGGAAGCCGGCGAUUUUAUCGGCGCUAUUCGUCUUGCCACGUCCUUUUAUAUCGGAAGCUCCGAGAAGCUCACCGUUGGCUUACCGGAGGAAGAUGAUCUUAGACAUGAGGUGGUGCAGGAAAAACUUUUGGAAAUGAUGAGCGCUUCACUGCGAUAUGCAUUUGGCAAAAAUGAAGAAGCGAUCACAGAGCGCCUCCAGCCCCUUGAACUUCGGAGCCUUGCUGAGGUGUGCAUCUCAGCAUGUGAUGCUAUGGAAGAUCAAGAGUUUUUAUUCGACGACGUGUAUUGCUGGUACGAGGAAAAUGGGUCAGAAAAUGUUUUCCUCGACGUCCUUGAACCGUACAUAAUACAAGGCUCAAUUCGAACAUUACCGCCGGGAGCUGUCAAGUCUUUGAUUACGCAUUUCUCUACGAACCAUUCGGCUAGCCGCUUAGAAGAGAUUAUUUGUCUUCUUGAUACGAGCACCAUUGAUAUUGACCAAGUUACUACCUUGUGCAAGCACUAUAACCUUUAUGAUGCCUUCAUUUAUGUAUGGAACCGUGCCAUUGGUGAUUACAUCUCGCCUCUAAAAGAAUUGCUGGAUUUGGCUGCGCAUGUUACUUCCACCGCCGUCAAUGGCAACGCCGAUAUCCAAGCGAAAACCCAUGCAAACGCCUUGAAAAUGUUCCCUUACUUAUCCUAUAUCCUGACGGGUCGAAUAUAUCCAACCGGCGACGAACUAGAAGAACAUAUAGCGUCGAAAGCAAAAGCGGAUAUUUAUGACUUUUUAUGCUCUGGAAGGGAUUCUGAGUUGCAGGAAGGUCAUUCCUAUACUCAUUUCAAACACCUUCGAACGAUGUUGAUGUUUGAUACCCCGGCAUUCAUGAGUAUGUUGAAUGAAGCUUUUGAGGACGGCUUUUUAAACGACGAUACAGGAGAUGAGGAGCAAAUAUCUGCAAGGCGUAUGCGCAGUGGCUUCUCAAUUAAUCGCCAAUAUUUAAUCAGCAUCCUUCUUGAACUUAUGGGCCCUUCUUCAAACUUUACGGCAGCCGACACUAUUUAUCUGGACAUGUUUAUCGCUCGCAAUCUCCCGAAAUACCCCCAAUACAUUCUACUUUCUGGUUCAAUCCUGCAUCAGGUCCUUGUCAGACUAUGUGAAUACCCCAAUGCAGAGAUGUUGGACGAUUGUCAACUCAGCGCGGAGUAUCUACUUUCGACAUACCACCCUCCUGACAUACUGAGUUUGAUACCUCUUUUCAAGGAAGCAAAGUUUUUCCGAAUAUUAAAAUCCACCUAUCGCAUGGAAAGGCAGUACCCGGAAUUGUUGCGGAUGUACUUGGAGGAUAGAGAGGAUCAAGAACUCGUCUUCACUUGCAUCUAUGAUUGUCUUCGAUUGGGAUCUUCGUUGACGGGGAAACAGCGUCGUGAUGUGCAUUCUGUCAUUAGAGAGCACGCUGCUGAAUUGGCACAUAUAAAUGUCGUUGAAGCAGCUCGCACAAUUCAAGCUGUGGCUACCGACUUGCAUGACGUUUUCGUUGAAUCUCUUGAGCCAGUAUCCAGUCUGCAGUAUCAGUAUUUGAGCGCCUUAUUAUCAGAGAACAAAAGCAGCGUCGAGGUCAGCCCAGAAAAACUCAAUCAUGUAUUGGUUGAGCGAUACAUUCAGUUGAUGUGUCAGUAUGAACCGUCGCGCGUUGCAGAGUUCGCAGACACUUUGAAAGUCGGAGAUUUACAGCUGGACGCCAUUCUACCUUCAAUUGAAAGCAGCGGAAUCAUCGAUGCUGUGGUGAUUCUUGUUGCUAAACAAGGGGAAGUUGGUAGUGCUAUGGAAAGAUUAAUCAAACACUUCGGGACUCUCGAAGCCGGCUUAUUAGGAGUCCUUCAAAGUGCUGAGGAAAACUCCGACUCCACAUUCUUGACUAAAACUAUCAUUGAUCUCAUUCAGGCACUUGAAAAGUAUACUCGAGUCGGAAUUUGGCUAUGUCAACAGCAGACGAAAUCUGCACAAAGACCCUAUAGGGACAUAAAGCUCAGCAAGAGAGGAUCCGUAUUUGAACAGCCAUUGUCCUUUGAUGAAAACUUGUGGCUCAUGCUGAUUGAAGCUGUCGUCAAGAUCGCUCAAAAUAUCUCCCCGUUGCUAACAAAAGACUCUUCGGUAAAUGAAAGUAUCAAAACCGCUUCUCAAUUGGAACCAUAUGUGGCUAAACCUGGACAACUCUCCGUUUCCCUUAGGACCUUAGUACAGCAUAUAUUUACGGCAUUAUUAACCACGACGACUAAAUCCGGGCGCAUGCCUGCCGACAAGCCGGAUCUGUCGUUUCUACGUAUACUCCGUGCAUUCCUGACACGCGCUGCCUCUGCCUCCCCUUCUUUAUCUGAACUGCGGGCGGUAAUCGCGUCCAUAUUAUCUGCUUAUGGUUACGAGGAGUCGUUGCUCUCUCUCACGAAUUCGAUGCUAGAUAAGGAUCUUUUUGUUCACGUGGAUGAAAUCACAAAACUGAGGCAACGAGGAUGGAGGGCGAGGGGCCAGGUAUGCGAGAUUUGUCGGCGGCGAGUGUGGGGCCCCGGCUCGGGAGGUCACAUAUGGGAAGCUUGGGAGGUUAGGCAAGAAGUAGAUGCGAAGCGGAAGCAGGAUAGGACGAUUAAGGAGAGUCGUGAUCGCGACUUAACCUCGAGAGGGAAGGGGAAGGCUCUGGCUACGCCGCCAGCUACCAUCGGUCCUGCAACAGGACAUGAUGGCGACAGCAGAGUUGAAGAGCCCCAGGGCGGCGGUGGGGUUGGCCGGGGUCCCGUGGUUGUGUUUGGUUGUAGACAUCUCUAUCAUCGCUCUUGUCUGACGGAUGAGACUGAACGACGGAGACAGCAUGGUCCGUCUUCGUUGUCUAGGAAGGGAAGUCGACACCUUCAUGCUGGGAUUGGAAGUCCCGAAUUGUCUUGUCUACUAUGUACAGGGUGUCAAUAGGGGGCGGAUGGGAUUGUUUACUAAUAUCUAACGACCACGUAGCUGAUAUGUACUAGGUAGAGAGUAAUCUAAAUACUGCUCAUUAUUGGGUGGUCCACUGGACCAGUGCUUUCAUGAA